AUGUCUCACAAAUGUAGUGCUAAGCAGGCUGGUGUUGGUGUUGCUGACUGUGAGUUACUGAUUAUUUCAUAUAUUUUUGCUGGUCUUGCCAUGAUGCUUAAUAUUAGGCUCUCAUAUAGUUCUGCUCCAUAUGCACUUAUUAGAUUCAAGUUACCUGAAAACCUAUUCAGCGUUUUUGUUAGAAGAAUUGCAAGUGCUUUGGAACUCUGGUGUUUACCAAGCAUGCUUUUGGGUAAUAUAAUUGAUCUUAUUCAGAAAUUAGCAGUUAACACUGAUGGAGAUCUUAAAGCAUCAGCUGGUACAGGACCUACAGAUCAUGAAAAACUCAGAGGAUUGGCCAAAACCCUACAUGAUAAAGCCGAAGAACUUAACAAUGCAGUUACUGGUGGUAGUGAGGAUGCAGCUAAAGUACUCCGGCAUAAGGCUGGUACAGAAGCUCAAAAAUCUGAUACUAAAUAUCUUAGAAAACUCGCAAAGGAACUACAUGAGAAAGCCACCCGACUAGAAAACCAAGCUCCUGAAGGCACUGAUAACCCCUCGCUUAAACAAAAAGCGGGCUCAACUCCUGAUGAUGGACUCCGACAACUGGCAGCUGAAUUAUACAAGGCUACCAAAGAACUAUCUAAUACUGGUGCUGAUGACCAAGGUAAAGCCGGUGAACUUGCAACUGCUGUUGGUGAUAGUGAAACAAGUGAAGGAAUUAGAGCUAAACUCAAAAAUCUUGCUACUGGUACUGGUGAUGCCGAAGAUGUUACAGGUGCAUACGGAACAGUAGAAAGUGCAUUCGGUCAAGUUCAGCAACAAGAACAACAAGGUAAAUAUACAACUGGUGAUAAACAGGAGAAGUAUCAAGCAGUUAAAACGGCAUGGGAAGCUUUCAAAACUCUGUAUACUACUAAUCUCAAACAACUUGCCAAUGGUCUUAAGGUUACAGUCGGUAAUGAAUCUGAUUCUGAUAAACUCCAAAAAACCCUAGCAGAUCUCGGUAAUCAUCAAGGUGCUGAGGCUCCGACCACUGAGGCAACUAAGGUUAAAACUGCAUACAGCACCAGUGGCGGUGAUGGUGUCAAAGAUAAAUUCACAGAUCUUCAGGCUAAGGGCCCUUCCUAUCAAGCUAUUGCUGCUAUUAAACCCCUAUACGAAGCAGUUGUUAGCGCAAUGAAUGCUUUCGACAAUGUUUAUAGGCCUGAAGAACUUCUUAAAGAUGAAGUUGGAGAUGGUGCUAAUGAAAACAAAGGUCUCCAACAGAAACUCAAAGAACUUUAUACUGAUGGUCAUGAUACUGAAAAACUACCUGGUUUGGCCAAAGCUGUCAGAAACGCAUAUUCAGAAGGUUGGGGACCCACUGUCAAAUCUAGAUUCGAGUCGGUUAUGGCACAAGAAAAAGCCUACGCCCAGGGUAACACUAUUAAAACUACUGAAUACAAGGGACUUCUUGAGGCUUGGACCAACUUCAAUGAUAAGUACUAUGGUGUCAUAUCUUACUACAAAUACUAUUCCAUUGUCGUUCCGUCAGUAAUUACACAGUGGUUAAACUUCCUUACAUAUGUAAUUCUAUUUGUUGUAUAUGUUGCGGGUGGUGAUAGUGGCCAUCUAACUAUAUUCUACUUAGUGAUUGCAAUUUCUGGGUUUGUUUUUGGUAUUAACAUGACUUUGGUCUAUUCUGUAGACUGGAACUAUAUCCCAAUCUAUAUUGCUGGUGAAAACUGUUUCCCAAUCAUCACAUCAUUCAUACACUACAUCACAACUAUCAUGUUUGGUAAUAGGAGGAAGUGGAACAGUGACUUCAUUGUAGUAUGUGUAGACAUAGUGGUCGCAAUCAUAAUCUCAUUUGUGGCAGCUGUGAUCUGGACGGCAGCCUACUUAUCUAAACCUAAAUAUGCUUCAUCCCCUGAAACUGGUGCUUCUUGGUAUCACCAUAUAUUUACACAUGGAUUCUCUGGAGGUUACAACCCAGAAGUAAUAUCACCAUUUCUAAUGAUAGUUGUAGGCAUGGGUCUAGUGUAUGCUAUUUAUCCUGGAAUAGCACCUGGUAUGAUUGUACCAUUCUAUCUCAUUGAUAAGAUUGAAAUGGUGCUCCUCAUUAUGACAAUAUUUCCACCAGUAAUAGUAGCUACCCUGAGAAGAUCAUUUGCUUUUGGUGAUCCUAGGUCACCAAUGUGCCAAUGGAAAGAAAAAGCGGGAUACCCAUGGAAUCCUUCUGCAGACUUGGGAAAUGGUUCUUUUUGGCAUGCUUUUGAUCUUCUUAUGAUAAUCAAAAUAGUUCUUGCUGGUAUCUUUAUUUAUUCACUUCAUUAUAGAGAAUCUAAUUUGGCUAGAUCCAUCAUUAAUCAACCUAAAAUGUCCACAUUUUUAUCAAUUACAUUUUAUAUGUGCCAUGAAUGUUUGCUAGCUUUAGGAUUUCCAGGUCUUGUAGGAGCCAAUAAUGGAGGAGACUAUGUAUUGAUACCUCAAUACAUAGGAGCGCUAUUUAUGAUAUUUUUGGCCUUUUAUUCUGAGGGAUACAUUAUAGAAUAUAAAAGUCAUGAUCCUGCUCAUUGGCCCACCGAGGGUAUGUGGUAUUUAUAUGGAUACUACCAAUUGAACCUUGAUUUUUUGUUAUAA